GGAGUGAUAAUAGUAUUGUAGUCUUGAGGCCGUAGUUGCUCUGUCUCUUUCGUCCUCUUUAAGCGAUUUCCUUUCUCUUUUUUCAUUUUCAUUAUCAUUAUUAUUAGUAUAAAAUACAUAUUACACCAUCUAUAUAUCUACAGCUAUACGAAGAGAGAGAGAGAGAGAGAGUGACGCUUUUAGGGAGAGAAAGAGCAUUGUUUGUGGCUUUGGUCACACGGGUCUCUUUGAGAUCUGUGAUAUUUAAUCUGUUGUUCUUGUUAUUUGGGGUUCUGUUUCUAUCGAUCUGCAUCAAGUUUGGCUUUGGAUUCAAUUGGGUUUCUUUCAGAUCCUCACAUUUUGGUCAACGAAGAUCGUCUCUUUCAGAUUCUUUUGAAAAAAUUGGAGGUUUAAGGCAUGCAUAAUAGAUCUGGUUGAGAAGAUUGAACUCUGCUGUUUUUUGAUCCAUUGUACACAUCUGUGUUAAGACAAGCAGGUGUCGAUGGAAUCAGAAGGAGAAACUGGGGCAAAGGCCAUGAAGAGCCUAGGUGGGCAGGUAUGCCAGAUCUGCGGUGACAAUGUCGGGAAGACAGUGGAUGGUGAGCCAUUUGUCGCUUGCGAUGUCUGUGCCUUUCCGGUCUGCCGGCCGUGCUACGAGUACGAGAGGAAAGAUGGGAACCAGUCUUGCCCACAAUGCAAGACUAGAUACAAGAGGCACAAAGGAAGUCCUGCUAUUCUUGGUGAUAAAGAAGAGGAUCUUGAUGUUGAUGAUGGCGCUAGUAAUUUCAACUACACUUCGGAAAAUCAAACCGAGAAGCAGAAGAUUGCAGAACGCAUGUUGAGCUGGCAAAUGACAUACGGGCGCGGAGAAGAUAUUGACAAGGAGGCUUCGCACAACCACAUUCCUUUGCUCACCAAUGGUCAGGAGGUUUCUGGAGAAUUGUCCGCUGCAUCACCUGAGCGGCUUUCUAUGGCGUCUCCUGGAGUCGGGGGUGCAAAGCGCAUUCACCCUCUUCCUUAUUCAUCCGAUGUGAAUCAAUCACCAGCUAAUAUGAGGGUUGUGGAUCCUGUGAGGGAGUUUGGUUCGCCCGGUUUAGGAAAUGUUGCGUGGAAAGAGAGAGUGGAUGGAUGGAAGAUGAAGCAGGAGAAGAACGUUGUUCCAAUGAGCGCAGGCCAAGCUACUUCUGAAAGGGGAGGUGGAGAUAUUGAUGCUAGCACUGAUGUGCUUGUGGAUGACUCUUUAUUGAAUGAUGAAGCAAGACAACCUCUUUCAAGAAAGGUCUCGAUUCCUUCAUCCAAAAUAAAUCCUUACAGGAUGGUCAUCGUUCUGCGUCUUAUUAUUCUCUGCAUCUUCUUGCACUAUCGAAUUACAAACCCUGUGCCAAAUGCCUACGCACUGUGGUUAAUAUCAGUUAUAUGUGAGAUUUGGUUUGCAAUCUCCUGGAUUUUUGAUCAGUUCCCUAAGUGGCUUCCUGUGAACCGUGAAACAUAUCUCGACAGACUGGCUUUAAGAUACGACCGAGAAGGAGAACCAUCGCAGUUGGCUGCCGUUGACAUUUUUGUCAGUACUGUUGAUCCGUUGAAAGAGCCUCCUCUCGUGACAGCCAAUACCGUGCUGUCAAUUCUGGCUGUUGACUACCCAGUGGACAAGGUCUCUUGCUAUGUGUCUGAUGAUGGUGCUGCCAUGUUGACAUUUGAAGCUCUGUCUGAAACAUCAGAGUUUGCGAGGAAAUGGGUUCCUUUCUGCAAGAAAUAUAACAUUGAGCCUCGUGCUCCUGAAUGGUACUUCACUCAAAAGAUCGACUACUUGAAGGACAAGGUCCAACCAUCAUUCGUCAAAGAGCGCCGUGCUAUGAAGAGAGAAUACGAAGAGUUUAAAGUUCGUGUCAAUGGACUCGUCGCAAAGGCAACAAAAGUUCCUGAAGAAGGAUGGAUUAUGCAAGAUGGAACUCCAUGGCCUGGAAAUAACACUAGAGACCAUCCCGGAAUGAUCCAGGUUUUCUUGGGUCAAAGCGGUGGCCUUGAUGUUGAUGGCAAUGAACUGCCUCGCUUGGUCUACGUUUCUCGAGAAAAGCGUCCGGGUUUUCAACAUCACAAGAAGGCUGGUGCUAUGAAUGCACUUGUUCGAGUUUCGGCAGUUCUCACCAAUGGGCCAUUCUUGUUGAAUCUUGAUUGUGAUCACUACAUCAACAACAGCAAGGCCUUGAGGGAAUCCAUGUGUUUCUUAAUGGAUCCCAACCUUGGCAAAAAUGUUUGUUAUGUUCAGUUUCCACAGAGAUUCGAUGGUAUUGAUAGAAACGAUCGAUAUGCCAACCGAAAUACCGUGUUCUUUGAUAUUAACUUGAGAGGUUUGGAUGGAGUUCAAGGUCCUGUUUAUGUUGGUACGGGAUGUGUCUUCAAUAGAACUGCCUUGUAUGGUUACGAACCUCCUCUUAAGCCAAAGCACAGGAAAGCUGGAGUCCUAUCUUCUCUCUGUGGUGGAUCAAGAAAGAAGGGUUCAAAGUCAAGUAAAAAGGGCUCUGACAAGAAGACAUCUGGCAAGCAUGUGGACCCCACCGUGCCGAUUUUCAGUCUGGAAGAUAUCGAAGAGGGAGUUGAAGGUGCUGGAUUUGAUGAUGAGAAGUCAUUGCUGAUGUCACAAAUGAGCCUGGAGAAGAGAUUUGGUCAGUCUGCUGUUUUUGUUGCCUCUACUCUUAUGGAGAAUGGUGGGGUCCCUCAGUCUGCGACCCCCGAAACUCUUCUCAAAGAGGCCAUUCAUGUCAUCAGUUGUGGUUAUGAGGACAAGACUGACUGGGGAAGUGAGAUUGGAUGGAUCUACGGUUCGGUCACAGAAGAUAUUCUCACGGGAUUCAAGAUGCACGCCCGUGGGUGGAGGUCAAUUUACUGCAUGCCGAAUCCACCGGCCUUCAAAGGGUCUGCUCCUAUCAAUCUUUCGGAUCGUCUGAACCAAGUGCUUCGGUGGGCUUUGGGUUCUGUGGAAAUUCUUCUCAGUCGGCAUUGCCCGAUCUGGUAUGGCUACAAGGGCCGGCUUAAAUGGCUCGAGAGAUUUGCAUAUGUCAACACCACCAUUUAUCCGAUCACAGCCAUUCCGCUUCUCAUGUAUUGCACAUUGCCGGCUGUCUGUCUUCUCACAAACAAGUUCAUCAUUCCACAGAUUAGCAACAUUGCAAGUAUAUGGUUCAUCUCCCUCUUUCUUUCCAUCUUUGCGACUGGUAUCCUUGAGAUGAGAUGGAGUGGGGUUGGGAUCGACGAGUGGUGGAGAAACGAGCAGUUUUGGGUCAUUGGUGGUGUCUCUGCCCAUCUCUUUGCCGUCUUCCAAGGUCUGCUCAAAGUGCUGGCCGGCAUUGACACAAACUUCACUGUCACCUCCAAGGCCUCAGAUGAAGAAAAUGAUUUCGCCGAGCUCUACAUGUUCAAAUGGACGACCCUCCUCAUUCCGCCAACGACCCUCCUCAUCAUCAACUUGGUGGGGGUUGUUGCCGGGAUCUCCUACGCCAUCAACAACGGAUACCAGUCAUGGGGUCCGCUCUUUGGGAAGCUGUUUUUUGCCUUUUGGGUGAUCGUCCAUCUUUACCCCUUCCUCAAAGGUCUCAUGGGACGACAGAACAGAACUCCUACAAUUGUUGUCGUUUGGUCAAUCCUACUUGCUUCCAUAUUCUCCUUGUUGUGGGUAAGGGUUGACCCUUUCACCACUAGAGUAACUGGUCCUGACGUUGAGCAAUGUGGAAUCAACUGCUAAAGGAAAAUGCUCAAUGGAAGAAGAAAAUAAAUUAGGCAUAAAUUUUUUUGGAUAUUUAAGUGGGAAAAAAGGCCCCUCAUGGAUGGGAAUUGUCUUGAUACACUUUUUUUUUCUUUUUCUUUUUGUGUAAUUUUUAUGUCUGUGGACUGGUUUGUUAAAUUAAUUACCCUUGUGAAUCUUAAAUUAUGUGCAGAUUUAUAGUGAGUUUAAAAACAAAA